CGCACCCACACACAGGCCCUUUCUGUUGACUCGUGCUUCGCCACUGGCGGCCCGAAUAGUUUCCACUGGGGGUGUUUGCGGGGGUUUUCUGCGACCCUCUAUACGCUCCAGAUCCGUAGCACGCGCAGUUAACGAGCGCACGCGGACGCAAGGAGAGAAGGAAAAGUCAUGACGUCCUCGACUCUUUAUCUACGACUCUCCACUUUUCUGGCUGUGAUGACCCUGGUGGCUCUCUCAGCUGUAUCCAGUGGGAGCGCUCUGCAUAAAAUUCUGAAGAAGAGAGAAGUGGUGGAUGAGGUGAAGCCAGUAGCAGCAGUAGCGGUGCCACCCUCCAAGGCCAAGCAGUUCCUGGCUCCUCCACGGAGGCCCAAGAGGAACAUCUGGGACCGCAGCCGCCCCGACGUGCAGCAGUGGAUCCAACAGUUCAUGUACAUGGGUUACGACGAGGCGAGGCUGGAGGCCGACCUGUCGUACUGGAUGGAUCACGCCCGCUCCAGCGACCAAGCGCGUCAGCACCAUUAUGACGAGAAUUCUCCCAUUGGACCGCGGUACCCCGGUUCCUACAGGCAUGGAGCGGAUGUCAACUAUGACUACUAUUAACUGCCCCCCUGUAAUUACCCCACUGGUGCCAUAAAGUGAAUGCAGUUGUGUGGGUGAGCAGUCCCUUACGUAAAAAUAAUAUCCCCGUCACCUUCGAGCCCUUUUCUUUCCCCAUUUUGUUUAGCAGACAUGCAGGUUUAGUAUGUUUUUAAUGGAGUUAACUUGCCUCCUGUUCCUGGGUAAUUAGUAUGACUUGGAAAAGGGGGGGGGGGGACCCUGAAAAAGGACAAGACAAUAAAUCUACUAAUGCUAAAUUGUUUUAGAAGGGACCUCACAGUGGGUUUGUAACCUCUCUCCCUAUGUAACUCGUCAGCCUGUCCUGUCUAAACAGGCUGACUGCUCCAGCCGUAGCGCGAAUGUGCACAGAUGUUCGUCCUGUCAACCUAACAGGUUAUGUACGGCGAAAGAACCAAUAAACCUGGUGGCUGGUCA